GCCAUCCGUGUGUCCGUGUGUGUGUCCCCCCCCCCAAAAAAAACCGCCGCCAUGGCCCCCCCUGCCCCGCCCUGCGCAGCCUCCUGCUCACCGCCGUCCUCGUCACCUCGGCCACCCAAGGGCUGAGCCGGGCCGGGCUGCCCUUCGGGCUGGUGCGGCGGGAGCUGGCGUGCGAGGGGUACCCCAUCGAGCUGCGCUGCCCGGGCAGCGACGUCGUCCUGGUGGAAAACGCCAACUACGGCCGCACCGACGACAAGAUCUGCGACGCCGACCCCUUCCAGAUGGAGAACGUCCAGUGCUACCUCCCCGACGCCUUCAAGAUCAUGGCCCAGAGGUGCAACAACCGGACGCAGUGUGUGGUUGUGGCCGGUUCCGACGCCUUCCCCGACCCCUGUCCGGGGACCUACAAGUACCUGGAGGUGCAGUACGACUGCGUGCCCUACACCGCCGCUGGAGCCGCCGCCGGGAGCGUCGGAGCCCCCCCGCGCCGCCACACGCCAAGCACACGCCAAGCACACGCCGGGCAGGCCCACGCACGCCAAGCACACGCCAAGCACCACCCCAAACGCGCCCCCCCACCCCCCCCCG